AUGUCUUUGUGUAAAGAUGGCUUUGCUUCACCUCCUUCCAUUCUCAAAAGUUUGUCACUUUACAUUCCUCCCUCAAACCCACUUUUAGCCUUUGGUAGCCAAGUGAGAGAGACGCACCUUUACACUGACAACCACAGAAGAGGAAUGUAUCUGCAAAUAUCGCUGGAUGGAAAGGUUUCAGGGAGUGACAGACAGACUCAGUACAGUGAGCUGCAGCUGAAGUCUGUUCAGAGCGGAGAGGUGGUGAUCGUGGGGCGCGGGUCGUCACUGUUCUUAUGCACCGACAGCGGAGGAAGCCUCAGGGGCCAGAGCCAUUACUCCGCCGCAGACUGCACCUUCAGGGAGCUGCUUCUGGCUGAUGGAUACACACGCUUUGUCUCUUCCCAUUAUGGACUUCCUGUUUCUUUGGCUCCUAAACAUUCCCAGGAUCCUCACGCAGUCGCCUUCACACGGUUCCUCCCUCUCAGGAGCACUCUGCCUGAGGCCCCGCCCCCCACAGGGGCCCCCAGCAGACCUCACAGUGUAAACCUGGACUCUCACGACCCACUGGGAAUGGAAACGGCUGUAUUUAGUCCACAAAUAUUUAUCCAGAAAUAA